GUGGUUGGAAAUUGUCCUCUUACUACACAUCCUUUCUCUCAUCAAUUUUCUUAUAGGACCCCGUGAAGAAUAGAAACUAUGAGUCUUUUUCAAAGACUAUUUUACGCUACGAUUUUGGUAUGAUUUUCUUGAAAUUUUUAUUUUCUUUAUGAAGCUAAUACGAGCAUGUUGGUUAAAAGAUCCUAGCUCAGCAAAAGACCCAGACCAUGUCCUCAUGUCGUCCACAGCAAGUACAGGUAAAGGAUAAUGUGCCCCAGUGUGUGUGGCGUGAAACGAACCACAGAACACGCUACUACACAGUGAACAGAGAGAGAGAGAGAGUGAGAGAGAGGAGGUAAGCUUCAAUGGCGACGGCGGUGAAAGUGUACGGGCCACCGAUGUCCACUGCGGCGUCGAGGGUUUUGGCCUGUCUACUGGAGAAGGACGUUGAGUUCCAGCUCAUUAACAUUAACAUGUCCAAAGGCGAACACAAGAGCCGCGAUUUCCUCAAGCUCCAGCCCUUUGGCCAAGUUCCAGCUUUUCAAGACGACAGCAUUUCCCUCUUUGAGUCUAGGGCUAUAUGUCGGUAUGUGUCGGAGAAGUAUGCUAACAAAGGAAACAAGGGACUGUACGGAACGAACCCGCUGGAAAAAGCUUCCAUAGAGCAAUGGCUAGAGGCGGAAGGGCAGAGCUUCAACCCGCCGAGCUCCGUCCUGGUGUUCCAGCUGGCGUUUGCGCCGCGGAUGAAGCUGAAGCAGGACCCGGCGGCGAUCGAGCAGAACGCGGCGAAGCUGGCCAAGGUGCUCGAUGUCUACGACCGGCGGCUGAGGGAGAGUCGGUUCUUGGCCGGCGACGAGUUCUCGCUGGCGGAUCUGUCUCACCUCCCCAACGCCCAGUUCUUGGUGAACGCCACCGACAAGGGGGAGCUGUUCACCUCCAGGAAGAAUGUGGGGAGGUGGUGGGGUGAGAUCUCGAGUCGGGAAUCGUGGAAGAAGGUGGUCGAUAUGCAGAACGCGCCGCCCCCGACGACGGCGCGUGGUUAGGGCUUUGUCGGUUUGAUGUGUUUUGCGGGUGUGCUGUUUUUGUGUGCCCGAGUGAAAAAUGAAAAUUAGAAAAUGUGGACAAUAUUCAACAAUUUCAUAUUUUUGGAUAGUGAGAGAACUCAUAAAAUAUGAGAAUUUCAUAUUUUCAUGAA